AGGUGCUCUGCAUUUCUGGAGCCUUGAACAUCAUUGGUCUGAGGAGGUCUCCAUGCCCUUAAAGAGAAGGUGGAUUUUCUGCUGAGCCAUCGGAGAAGCCCAUUUAUACCUCAUUACUGAGCCAGCUGCCUGCGGCUUGCCAGUCAGUCCCGUCUUUCCAUCCGUGCUGUCUGGUUUUCUCCUUGGGACUUAGGUUCAUAACCAACUAAACCAAGAUGUCUGAUGAAGAAAAAAAGAGGAGGGCCGCCACUGCCCGUCGGCAGCAUCUGAAGAGUGUUAUGCUCCAGAUUGCUGCCCAAGAGCUAGAAAAAGAAACAGCAGCUAAAGCAUCAGAAAAGGCCAAUUACCUUGCUGAACACUGUCCUGCUUUGUCUCUGCCACACUCCAUGCAAGAACUGCAGGAACUGUGCAAAAAGCUUCAUAAUAAGGUAGAAGUGGUGGAUGAGGAAAGAUAUGACAUCGAGGUUAAGUUACAGAAGACUAAGAAGGAGCUUGAAGACUUGAGCCAGAAACUAUUUGACCUGAGAGGCAAGUUCAAGAGGCCACCCCUGCGUAGGGUCCGCAUGUCUGCUGACGCUAUGCUGCGCGCCCUGCUGGGCUCCAAGCACAAGGUCAAUAUGGACCUUAGAGCCAACCUGAAGCAGGUCAAGAAGGAGGACACAGAGAAGGAGAAGGAUCUGCGUGACGUGGGUGACUGGAGAAAGAACAUUGAGGAGAAGUCUGGCAUGGAGGGCCGGAAGAAGAUGUUUGAGACUGAAUCCUAAGUCCCAUGGAGCUGGUCACUGCAAACCUUCUGUCUAUCCAGCUUCCAGAUUACUCCUCCUCCUUUCCUGCCACCUAUAUUAUUUUUCCAGUCAGCUCAUUAGUAUCCUUGUUUAGGGCUAAAUUUCCUGAGGCCACAGUCACAUUUCAUAAAGCAAUGCAAGAUACAAGACCUACUUGCCAUCCCACCCCCUACUGUUGCUAUGGAAACAAGAGUCUUAAACCGCAAAAUGUCUUAACUACAUUCUGAAACAAUGGUAGUGGCAUGAACUCAAAUCAAAUGCAAUUUAAUCCAGCAAUUUUGUAAGAUCUGUUGUUUCAAAGUGAUUUUAAUGGUGUAAAUAAAGCUUUGAAAGUAUAGUUGAAUUUUUACGCUUCGGAGAACCAGGCAUGACUUGA